GUUGUAUAAGAUCCUCUCUUUCUCUCUCUCUCCCACUCUCUCUCUAUUGCGUUCUCUCUUUCUCUCAAUCUGUCUGUGAGAAGUUAUUUCCGAGGCUCUGUGACGAUCAGAAAAAUGUCGAUGGAAAUGGGAAGUGAGCAUGUCUACUACCUGCCUUGCAACUUCUGCAACACCAUCCUCGCGGUAAGCGUACCAUGCACCAACUUGCUCAACAUAGUGACCAUCAGAUGCGGCCACUGCUCGAAUCUUCAGUCUGUCAACAUGGGAGCUCUGCUACCUGCAGCCAUGCCAUUUCAGGGCCUCCAGGCUCACGCUGCUUUCAGCCCCCAACCGUACGGAAAAGAAUGCGGGUCGUCAUCUUCCAGGUUCAACAAGAUUUCCAUGAUGAACCCUGAGAAGGAGGAACAACGGGUGCUCCCCAACAGGCCACCGGAGAAGAGGCAAAGAGUUCCUUCAGCAUACAACCGAUUCAUCAAGGAAGAAAUACAAAGGAUAAAAGCCUGCAACCCAGACAUCAGCCACAAGGAAGCUUUCAGCACUGCAGCAAAAAACUGGGCUCAUUUUCCUCACAUUCAGUUUGGAUUAUCUCUGGAAGGCAACAAGCAAGCGAAAUUUGACGAUACCAGCUUUCUAGGUGGAGGCACAGCGGUGCGUCAAACAUUUCAAUAAUUGUGCCAGUAAAUAUAUGGAUAACUACUUCGUUUUGGCAUGUUUGAACUAUGAUUUGAGGAUUCCAGAGACAAUAACUAGUCCUCCAAUCUACAUGCUUAUAUUUGACUUUCGAUUGAUCACACUGUGGUCAUGGUUCCCUAAAUAUUAUAAAUACAGUUGUUUUCAUGUCAA